UUAUUAACUGGGCUCAGCGCUCUCCACGCAAUCGGCGGAAGGGGACCCGCUUGAAGCAAGACGGCAAGGAGAAGGUGGUAUUGGCCAGCAAACUAGAGAAGGACCAGAUAGAGGCGAUCCACGAUUUGUUCAAGGGCAAACUGCAUCUGGACCCCGACAGGCCGCGACUCAUGGGUUCUGAGUUUGAACUCACCAAGCUGCGCCAGGACGAGCUACGCGACAUGCUACGAGAGUUCAACAUCACGAUGAAUGACGAAGACUUUCGCGUCAUAUUUCUGAAGGCAAGUCUCGUGUCUGCGUGGCGCCUCGAGCGGCCCAAGACACCCACCGGGGCCAGAGAGGAGAGCAAAAGUUUCUGUGCAGUGCAAACGGAAAACACCGUCCCAGAAACUCGCCCAGAAACCACCGUCCAAAUGUCGUCAGAUGGACACGAAUCGCAGCGGCAGCAUCACGUGGGACGAAGUGGUGUCGCACCUCAUGGUCGAGCUGGCGGAGAGCACCGGCGGGCGCGGCGGCCUCGGGGGCGAGGGCGGCGCCCCGGGCCCCACCACCGAGCUGCUCACCGACCCCAUCAACGCCCUGCCCGAGGUCAUCCGCUCCCCCCACCGAAACCCCAUCAUUCGCAUCACCUACUGGCCCGAGGUGUCCCCGGACCGCUCCUACAACUACCUGCAGGGGAGCUUCGUGUCCGCGAGCCACGAUGGUGCCGUGCAGUACUGGUCCAUGGACAUGCGGCGCUCGCGGCUGGUGCAGUCCAAGACGGGGUGCGGCCGACCAGGCUGACGGACCUGGUGUGCAUGCCCGACGUGAACAUGGUCUGCACCAGUUCGACGGAGCGCGAGCUCCGCUUCUACGACAGCAGAGCUGCGCGGUGGGAGCUUCGAGUGCUGGUCUCUGGGAUGGACAAGCCGGUCGUCACCAUGUACUACCACAUGAGCGAGGCGGAGCACGAGGAGUCGACGCUCAUCCUGGGCGACACGGGCGGCACUCUCAGGACGUUCAACUUCAACAGCGUCAUGUGCGGGCCCUUUAAGCAGCACGUCGGCAAGGAGGUCACACACGUCCUCUUCAAGGACCUUUGCAAGGGCGGGCUGCCGGGGCUGCGGGUGGCGCACUUCCCCGCGGUGCACACCAACUGGGUGCGCCAGGUGUACUACUACGCGUCGCUGCAGUCCAUCGUGUCGUGCGCCGCCUGCCCGCGGCCAUCGCUCUUCAUGUGCGACGCGGCGGGCACCAAGAACCAGUACAACUACAACAUCCCCAGCGGCGUCUACUGCUUCUGCGCGUCUGAAGAGGAGUGA